AUGGCGGGUGUCAUGAGGAAUGAGGGAUCAAAACUAGCUUAUGUAUCUUUUCCGCAACUGCACCGUAUUAUCACUGAUAAAGACUUUGAUGAUAUGGUUAUCAUAACAAACGAGUCAUACCAUGGAUUGAAGUUUCAAAGUAUUAGACAAUUCUAUCUCAAAGAUGACCACAAAAAUCACUCGUCGGAUGUGUUAAGGAAAGCGUUUUACGAGUUUUACGGCGAUAUUCACAUCAAAUGUCCGACAUAUCUAACGGCCAAACAAUACGCCAAUUAUGCCAUCAAAAGUGGUUCAAAAAAUAGGGUUUAUUUCUAUGAACUCACAUAUGAGUCAAAAUUCGCUAAAUUCAUGGGUUGUGAUGAGCACAUGAUGGGUGUCUGUCACGGAUCGGAACUGGAUAAACUUGAUGACCAGUGGACGCAUAUAUUGGAUAAUAAUUUGAUUAAUGUUAAAGACUUGAAUCCAAUGAAUACGAGUCGACUGACCAACUAUCAGAAUUUACCCAACCAAUCUAACCUAACCAAAUAA